GUAAUUACCACCAUGACCAUCGUAAACCCCGAAAAAUGCCGCAUUUGGGUCAUCGGGAAGUGCUAGUAUAUGAGUAUGGGAAUCUUCCAUGUUGAUUCUCCAUCCUUGCAUAGAACUGGAACCAACCUUUAAAUACUGAUUCUGACAGCUUUCUGUGUGUUUUGUGGUUACUGGUUCUGAUAAAGUUUGACCCAUAGUAAUAUACUAAUAAACUGAAAAAAAUUACACUGUGUACAAGUGUUACUAAUAUUAUUAGAAUAGAGGUACAUGGCAGGUAGGCAACGUAGUAACUAUGAGCAGCAUAUAAAAAAAAAAUCAAUGACAAUGUUAUCGGGCAAAUAAAUUUGGAAUAUUUUUCUAUUAAUUCACCAGAAGAAUAUUAGUCAUGAGAUCUGUUUGUGAUAGCAGGAAAGGAUCAAGGAGUCUAAAAUGACCUACUUACUGUAUUUGUACGAUUCAAUAAAAACAACAAACAGUGAAUUUAGUCUUCCAUCUCAUGGCGCAUAUCAUUGGAUAACUAUUUGGUUUUCAAUCAAAUAACAAAAACCGAAUUUGAAUGUAAAGAUGAUAUAUCUUGUCGUAAUGAGUGAUAUAGUUUCAGCAAAAUUACAAUAUACCUAUUUUUUAUUUUUUAUUUACUUAUUCAGAUAUGGGAAAUUGGGAAAACGGACUGAUGUUAGCAACGUGCCAACGUUGUCUUACAGAUACGAAUCUAACGAUAAUAACGCAAUAUUGCAAUAACAAACGUACAAAACGAAAACAAGACUUUGUUGAGCCGUUUCCGACUGACGCACUGACGUAAAGUAAGUAGAAGAGAUUAAACAACCCCGUUGUCGGAACAAUUAUAGUUAUGUCGAUUAAUCACACUCGACGGUCUCAUCUGACGUACAUGUCGAGAAAUAAAACUGUAAAAAAAAAUAUUAUUAACAAUCAUAAUAAUAUAAAAAUUAAAAGAUAUUAGAUAAUAACAGUAAACGGACAUCAGAUGACAUAUAUCUGAACGUCGAACACGGUUAAAAAUGGUAGUUUUUUUAUUCCAAUCGCAAUCGCGGUUAUAUCUAAGGUCCUAUUGAGCCAUUGAGGUUAGGAAACGGAUUUCAUACACAAAACACAACCCAAACUGAACACAUCCUACAAUAGUAUCGUAUGUAUAGAUAAGUACCUUGCAUACCCGUGAAUCGUGAUUAGCGUCAUCGUACCACUAUACGUCUAUAUAGUUAUAGUGUCUACUAUGACAACACAUUUUUAAUAAUUUUACAGUUUCAUCUGCUUUUAUUUUAUUUGUUAUUGUCAUUGGUUUUACUUAACAUACACGCUACGAAUACGAUGGCAGGUCCUCCAACAUUUAUUGAACUUUCACGGGAAGAACAAGUAAGAGAAUAUACUUCUGAUACGAAUAAAAAAAUAAAACGAUGCGAUUGUAGUGUUACGAUUUGGAAAAAUAAUAUUAUUAUGAAACAUUUCAUCUGAGAAUUAAAUGAAAUGAUAUAGAGUUAUUUUUGUCCCAUCAUCAUUUUAGUAAGUGACUACCUUCGAUUUUAUAUUGCAAUCGCGAGAUCCCGUCGACUUGAUCCAAUUAAAUGUUUUGAUGGUUUUUACAAAAUUCUUAUUGUAAAUUGUGUAUUAUAUUAUGUGAAGAGUGUAAUUUUGUAUUGUUAUAUUUAUUAGAUUUAAUUUGAUUUUAAAACUUUUCUAUUGUCCAUUUACUGAAAAAUAUAAUUUAUCAACUUCAAUUUAUUCGGUGCUCAAAAAGUUAUGUUUUGGAGUGUACUUUUACAUUACACAAGUUUUUGAUAGUUUGGCAUUUUUUAUUUGUCAAUGAGUAUAAAUAAUAAAAAAAAAUAUAUAGAUUAUAUUAUGUAAACAUUAUUUAUUUUAAAAAAACAACCAAAAGUAGAUAGUUAUCCAUAACAAUUUGAAAUGUAAUAUGCAAAUGUCAAAUCUAAAUGGUUGUUAACAUUUUUGUGUUUUCUAAGUUAUAAUUACUCAAGAAAAUAAUUGAAAGUGUUAAAAACAUUAUUUAAAUAGAUAUUCAGUUACUAUUUAAGUAAUGUUACAUAAAUGUUAAUUUUUGUUGGAAGGCAUUGGAAUUAAGGUCAUAUUUACGUAGCAUUGGAGCUAGUUUGCAAGAAAAAGGACCAGAAAACAUUGAAGAUGAUAUGCAAGAAAUUAUAUCUAAAUGCGAUACUUGUCUGAAGACAGAUUUAUCUGACAUUGAUAUUGAAAGUUUUUUGUGUUCAAUUGUAUCAGUUAUAAUUGGAAUUGGGACAGUGGAUGUAGAGAGCAAACUUGUAAUUGAUUUCAGUCAGAAACUAUUGAAGUAUGAAGACGAACGUUUCGGCAAUAUCAUUCUUAAAACGUAAGUAAAAGUAUAUGGUUUAUUUUAAUAUUAAUUUUAUUUAUUUUGAUCUGUUUUAUAUUUUAGUUUAUGGUUGUUGUAUGGUACAGUUGAUCCAGUAUUACCGGCUCGAUUCCAAUUAUAUUCAGAUAUAGUAGAUGUGGCCAAACGAUGCAAACAGCUUUUAUUGGUCUACAAGGGAAUUAAUAAUCUCAACAAAUCACUUCUCUCGAACAACCAUACUAAGAAACAAAAACAAUCACUCUUUAGACAAUUGCACGGUGCAUUGAUUGAAAACGGACACAGGUGCAGUCUAAUGAUCAUUUAUGUAAUUUAUUUUGAAACUUAUUAAAUAAAAUGUAUUGUUUAGUGAAUUGGCUGCUGAAGUGAUGAUUGAACUUCUCCGAAACUACACGUCUGAUGAUGGCAAACAGGCUAAAGAUGAUGCCAAAAAAUGUAUUGCUUCUGCUAUAGCUGAUCCUAAAACAUUUUUGUUUGAGCCAUUGUUAUAUUUGACUCCAGUUAUAUCAUUACAAAAUACACCACUGCACGAGCUCUUGGUUAUAUUCGUUUCUGGGAAUCUUACAAAUUAUUUAGAUUUUUAUAAAGGCCACAAGGAUUUAAUUAAAUCAUUAGGUAACAUCUUUAAUAAUAAUAUCUAAAUUUUGUUUACUGAGAAAAUAUGAAUGCGCAGAAAUAAAAAAUAUCAAUUAGUUGUAUGUGCAAAGUAGUCAUACUCUCUGUAGGCGAAUGGAGCAAAAUAACCAAUAUAUUCCUAUAGUAUACAAUCUGUAUUUAUUUUGUAGGAUUAGAUCAUCAAGCUAAUGUGCAUAAAAUGAAACUCUUAACUGUCAUGAGUUUGGCAGUAGACUCGAGCAUCAUAUCAUUUGAAACAAUACAACAACAAGUGCAAAUCAAUGCAGAACAAGUAGAACCGUUUUUACUUGAACGUAUGAUUAAUAAUCGUUCUUAUUCAAUGUAUUUAGAAUUUCACAAUUACAAUGUUUUCUAUUUUAGUUUUUGGAACUAAAUUAGUGCGUGGUCGUAUGGAUCAAGCUGCAAAGAAAGUAAACAUUUCAAGCUCAAUGAAUCGGACGUUUAGCAAACAUCGUUGGCAAGUGUUGAGGGAUUCAUUCUUUAGUUGGCGAUCAUGUCUUAGUGUUAUUGAAGAAGGAAUGAAAACUGUUGUAUCAAAUUCUCAAACAACAAUUUAAAAAAAUAAACAAGCUGUUUCUAAUUAAAUUAAAUUGACAUAUUUAUUAAAUAUUUCUGGAAAAUAAACUUAGUAAAAACCAUUGGGAAUAUUGGUGGUUCAGUCACAAUAUAACACAGAUGAUAAUAAUAAUAAUUGUCAUUAUGAAUUAUACACAAAUGAUAUGGAGUGAUACAUUUUUAUCACAUAAAUAAAUUAUUGAUCUUAAUUAGCUUAAUAUUUAAAAAAAGGUGAAAAAAAUAUUUAUAAAAUAAAUGGGCCAAAUAGCUAUUUAGAUUUGGAACUAAAUCAUCUGAACAUUGAAAACUAUUUGUACUUGGAUUAAAAAUCAUUGAGUUUUGAGAUCAUUUAAAAAAGUUGUCGGUGGUGUGGAUGGAGUUAAAAAACAAAGUGCUUUUAAACUCAUUUUGUAAAUAUGUGUUCUUUGGUAACUAAUUAUUUUUAAUUUUUUU